AUGUCCAGCGAGACCCCCGCAGAGCCCGCGCACAAAAGUCCCGCACUUGGCGAGACACCUGAUAAACCUGCAGAGGUUGAAUACGAUGAUUUUGGAUUGCCGAUAAGGAAGCCGCGGGCGCGGACGCCCGUGGUGGACUCGGACGAGGAAGAAGAAGAAGAAGAGGAGGAGAAGUUUGAGGAUGCGGUAGCUUCGAAGUCAGCGAUCAAGGAGGAUCUCGCGCUGCCAGAUGCCAGGGAGGAUGUCGAGGUGGAGAGCAAGUCUCAGGCGCAUGGAGAUGUGCCAGUGAAGGCCGAGGAGGGCGGCAAUGCGCCAAGUCAGGUCAAUGGCUAUGUGAAACAGGCGGUGGAGAAGAUUGAGCACAAGGAGGAGAUUGUUAAGCCUGUAGAAGCGCAGGAGGCGGUGGUGGAAGACAACAAACCAGCUGAGAAGGCACACAGCCAAGAAGCUGUAGCGACGGCAGAGGUGGCAGCGCCUGAUACCCACGUCCAGUCCCCCGAGACCAAGCAGCACACCUCUGAAGUCGCUGGGCAGUCCGAAUCUGCAGAGAAAGAUGAGAACCCUGAAGCCGGGGAGGACUCUGAACCUGCGAAGAAGGAUGAUAGCACUCAAGCCGCUGGGCAGUUUAAAUCUGCAGAGAAAGACAAAAUCACAGAAACGGCCCAAUCCUCCGCACAUCGUCAGCAACAAAGCGUCGCCUCCGUGUCCGAAUACUCGCAUCAGCAUGCAGUCAUACAACCGCCAAAGGAAGAAAAGCCAUUCGAAGACGGCGGAUGGCAGACUAUGCCGGCAUAUGCCCGCUAUGACAUGUACGACGAUGACGACAAACUCAUCGCAAAGGAGAACGUGGAAGAGCUCGAGGACAUGCAUGGCUAUGCAAAUGUCGGCGGUGCAGCAAAGGGCUAUACCAGAGUCAUCAUGGACGAUGACGCUGACUCCGUAACAAGCAUGGACGACAACACCGCCUACCUCUUCAAGAACAAGGAAGCAGCUCUAGAUGAAGACGACGAAGAGCUUGCCCGAGAUCCGCUCGCACAGAUGCAGACUACCAAGAACCUCCUCACCGAAGGCCAGCGUGUCGCAUACGUUGGGCUGGUGCGGUUAGCCAUGGUGGAAAUGGAGAGGAAGUUCAUUAAAAUGGACCGGAAUCGAAACACUAAGAAAGCUCUGGAUUUGCAACAAGAAACUACAAAGAUGUGGGCCCAGAAAAUGAUGGUCAGAGUCUAUGGUCACAUGGACAUCACCACGUCUGAGCAGGUCAUGAUCGAGCAGUUAUCAGAUCAUGGUGUCGUCCCGGCGGAUUUGGUCCCUGCGUUGAUGCAGAACGCCCGGGUCAAGAAUCCAGUGGCGGAAGAGGUGGACUCACAGGCCGAUGCGGAUUCCGCCAGACCUUCGAUAUCAUCUCCAAGACCUGAUUCAAAGGACGAGAAGCACAAGUCUGCAUCAGCUUUGAGCUUCGACGAUUCAGUAAAAUCGCCUCCACCGUAUGAAGAACAAGAAGGAGGAUUCGAAUAUCCAGAUGUAAAAUCACCUUCGCAACUACCCGAAAGUAAGAGCCUCGAUAUCGACCUAAGAUGGACUGUAAUGUGCGAUCUGUUCCUCGUUCUCAUCACAGAUGGUGUGUAUGACUCGCGGUCACGAGAACUAUUUGAGCAGGUCGGAAAAUAUCUAAGUGUGGACUGGCUGGAAAUCUGCCGGUUCGAGAAACGAGUCACAGAUGCUCUAGAGAUGCAGGAGCAGGCAGACAAGGAGAACUGGAACGAGGAGGACCACAUGAAGAGUCGCGCUAAGAGAGCGCGCAAUAAGCGUUUGGCUUUCAUGGGCAUCGCCACAGUAGGUGGUGGAUUGGUCAUUGGUCUGUCCGCCGGGUUAUUGGCGCCUCUCAUUGGAGCUGGUCUGGCGGCAGGAUUCACAACCAUUGGUGUAGCUGGAACCAGUGGAUUCCUUGCUGGUGCUGGAGGUGCCGCGGUCGUGACUACGACAGGUGUCGUUACUGGAGCUACUGUGGGUGUCAGGGCUGCAAACAGACGAACAGGCAGUGUCAAGACAUUUGAAUACCGACCUUUACAUAACAACAAGAGGACCAACCUAAUCAUCACCCUUGCUGGGUGGAUGAACGGCAAGGUCGACGAUGUGCGAUUACCGUAUAGUACGGUCGACCCAAUCAUGGGAGACAUAUACUCGGUGCUCUGGGAGCCGGAGAUGCUGAGGAGUAUGGGUGACACCAUUAAUAUUCUCGCAACCGAGGCUAGAGCAGACAUGGCAGGACUCGUCCUGGCAGACUCGCUCAUCGAUCGCAAUCUCGGUACACGACCUAUUACUCUAGUGGGCUUUUCGCUUGGCGCAAGAGUCAUCUUCUCAUGCCUCAAGGAGCUUGCCAAUCGCGGUGCAUUUGGUCUAGUGCAAAAUGUGUAUUUGUUCGGUACACCGGUCGUUGCGAAGAAUGAUGAAUACAUCAAAGCCCGCUCUGUUGUUCCCGGGCGGUUCGUCAAUGGCUAUGCCACGAACGACUGGAUCUUGGGCUACCUCUUCCGUGCCACUUCUGGUGGCGUCAUGCGUGUCGCAGGUUUGGGGCAAGUGCAAGUGCCCACCAUCGAGAACGUCAACGUCACCGAGCUCGUCCCAGGCCACAUGGCCUACCGUACCGCAAUGCCCAAGCUACUACGAGAGGUUGGCUGGGAAGUCGAAUCAGAUGAGUUCACUGAAAUCGAGGACCCAGAUCCAGAAAACCACGAACAACGCCAACGCGAACUGAUCAGCGAAAUCGAAGAAGCGCGCAAAGAGCUCGAAAAGAAAGCCGCCGAGAAGGAAAAGAAAGGCAGCAAAAUCAGCUGGUGGAAGCGCAAAAAAGCCGACAAGAAAGAAUGGGAAGUCUACGACGAAACCUCGCAGAAACACAUCAAAAUCGACCAGGACGCCGACCCGGCCAAGAUUGCAGAGACGAAUAUCAUGUUCGACAUCGACGCUAUCCGCCGCGAAGUCGCCGCCCUGUCUGUCGAUAGCAAGCCCUACGACGCCGACGAGCGCGACUUUGAAAUCAAAGAGAUCAAAAGCACACUGCCCCCGAUGAAAAUCGACCUCCCGCCUGCUCCCCCGCCUCAAUCCCCUCUCAGACAGACGAAGAGCUACAACGACAGUGUGGGCAUUGCAACACCCGAUUCAAAAACCAACGGAACGCACGACGCAGCGAAGAAAAGCUUCGAGGAAUACGACGAGGGCGAUGCGGGAGAGGUCGAAAUGACAUUCGAUACCUCGUUCGCGGAACCCACACCGCCGCCUGCGAUUGCAAAGUCUCCGCUGCCGAGGAGCGGCGCGAGCUCGCCGUGGGCGGGCACCCCGAGCCGUGUGUCGCUGGCGGAUACAAGACCGGCGUGGAGCGAGCCGGCGCUGCCUGAACGGCCGCCAUUGUUGACGGCGAAGACGGCGCCGUUGAGUGGGGCCGGGGGCGAGGCGAUGCAUAAUGCGUGGGCGGAUGAGUUUGAGGAUGAGUUUGGGGAGGAGAAGGAGGUGAAGAUGAGUUUUAUGUGA